AUGCCUAACGGGUCUGUAGAGGUUACUACCAUCUGUGAGGAUGUAGAAAACUCACAAUUUACCAUACAAAGCGCAACUGCAAAGUCAGCAAUGCCUGAAGCUGUAAAACCUGGUACAUCCCAACAUCGUAGUUUGCCUAGGAUCAAAAUUUUAGGUACUGGUGGUACUAUUGCAUCUAAAGGUGCAAGUUCCUCAGCAACUGCAGAUUAUCAGGUAGAUUUACCUAUCCAGGAUUUGCUAGAUGCAAUCCCAGAUAUCUCAGGUAUCUGUGAAGUCGAGUACGAACAACUUUGUAAUGUCGACUCAAAAAAUAUCAAUGAAAACUUAUUGAUAAAAAUAUACAAAGGUAUUGUAAGAUCACUACAAUCUUUCGACGGUAUCGUUAUCACUCAUGGCACAGAUACCUUAUCGGAAACUGCUUUUUUCGUUGAAAGUACCAUUGAUUCUGGCGAAGUUCCCAUCGUAUUCGUCGGUUCUAUGAGACCUUCGACAAGUGUCUCAGCUGACGGACCAAUGAAUUUAUAUCAAGCAAUCUGCAUUGCGUCUGAUUCUAAAUCUAGAGGUAGAGGUGUCCUGGUGUCAUUAAAUGAUCAAAUAUCUGCAGGUUACUAUAUUACUAAGACAAACGCCAAUAGUUUGGAUUCUUUCAAUGUUAGACAAGGUUACUUAGGAAACUUCGUCAACAAUGAAAUUCAUUACUAUUAUCCUCCUACAAAACCUCAAGGAUGUCAUAAGUUCAAGCUCAAGUUAGAGGACAAAAGAGGGUCUGUCGCCAAUGAAAGCACCGUGAAAUCACUUACUAAAUUUCCAAAAGUCUGUAUACUAUAUGGUCACCAGUCCAUCACAGCCGGACUUUUGGAAUUGGUAAAUGAAAAAUAUGAAGGUGUAGUAGUUGCAACUAUGGGCGCUGGCUCUAUGCCCGAUGGUGUUAAUGCAUUUUGUUUGAAUAUGAAGAUCCCUGUUAUAUACUCUAAGAGGUCCAUGGAUGGUAUGAUUCCUAUUGCCAAUCUACCAAAGGACAAGGAAGGAUCCCACUGUAACGUUAUUGCCUCAGGUUACUUGAAUCCAGAAAAAUCCAGAAUUUUAUUACAAUUAUGCCUUGCUGAAAAUUAUUCAUUAAAUGAAGUAAGACGUGUUUUCAAUGGUGUUUACGGUGGCUAA